AUGGGAUUGAAUGGAAUAAAUGCACCGGAAAAGGUCGACCUUUUCGAGCUUUGGAAACGUUCAGAAGGGCCAUCUACCGCACCUCUAGGGACGCCGGUAAUUCAUCAAUCGGCCAUAGGAGAGCGCUUUUCAAGUUCACGGUCGACGUUAUGGACUAAUUUCUCGCAACUAUCGCCCAGUGACCAGGGUCGUUUCUUCUCUAAAUUAACAUCGGUCUGGCCAUUUCCCUGGGAGAGAAGGGCUGUUUCAUGGCCGAUACACGCUUCAAUUAUUGCAAACUCUUUAACGUCAUCCCUCAUCGCUACAAGGAUCUGCGCAGAUAUGAUACUCUAUGAGCCCAAAGCAAAAUUUUUUGAUGUCAUACGUAGAACGCCGAAGUCGCCACUUGUAUUCGGGGUUUAUUCUUCUGGUGUUGCAUUUUAUAUGCUACAUAUGUCCUUUAUUACGCCAAAAAUUUUUACCGAAGAUGACCCAUGCAGCUCGUGUACACUCUCAAAGGGAGUGUUGAUAUCAUUAGCUACUGGAAUAGCCCUUCCACUACUUUCAACUCCAUAUAUAGCCUAUUAUGUCUUGCUACAAAGGGAGCCAAAGAUGAAGUAUCCGUUGAUAACGAAAAGUCAAGAAAUGCUCGCUAUUGCGUUCACAGGGAACAAGGCAGCUCGCUCCUUGCUCCCAGUUCUGGUUCCAUUUCAAGUCGCAGUGGCCGCUAUAUCUGCAUAUGUACUUCUCUGGGGUCGGAAUAGAAUAUUCAGUACAAUGGACGCAGAUCCAGAUCUCGCUAAAGAAGUGAUGACAGCUGCUCAAGUUAUGGAAGGACCUAAAGAAAAGAUCAUGAAAUGGUUACACAAUGCUCCUCUUUUGAGUGGAUUUGUGGCUGAGCCGGCGCCGGAAAAUGAAAAGCUUCGU